CCUGCUUCCUGUGACACUUUGGCUCAAGAUCUGGAAGCCAUGAAGAUCUUUAAUGUGCUGGGAGGGCUCCUCCUGCUUCUUGUGUCUGCUCAUGGUGACGAAGAAGACUUGUUUGUAGCCUGUAGUGAAUUCUGGCUCCAGGUCAAAAUUAGGAGGGCACCUUUUGUGGAUGAACUGCAACCACAACCUUAUGAGCUGUAUCUUGGAACUGGCUGUCCCGUAAGCAGAAUAUUGCCUAGUUACUUCGAGUUCAUCUAUACGCUUACUUCUUGUGGCAUCAGGAAAUAUGAACGUCUAUGGGGUAUUCUUAUUGAGAGUUCAGUUUCAUAUGAACCAGUAUUUCUAAAUGUCAGAGGUCACGUCCCAAUAUCAUGUUCUAUCCAAAGUUCCGAGUACAACAGUGGAGACAAUGAGGCCUCAAAAUGA